AAAUUUCCAACAAUUCCUCCUGUUCGACCACCAUGCAACAGUGCAGGAAACGACUAGCGACGUUCACUGACCAGGAACAUGUAUGGGAAAAGCAAACUUUCCGGUGCUGUCCCGCCUAUUUUUUCUACCACGAUAUGUGAUUGGGAUGCGGGCGGAAAACCGGAGCAGCUCUGAUGUCCUAGAUGCUGCGGCACUGAGGCAGCAGAGGAGGCUGAAACAAGCCAUCCAGUUCCUACACAGGGACUCUGCUGAUCUGCUGCCUCUGGAUGGAAUGAAGAAACUCGGGACAUCCAAGCAGGGACAGCCACACAAUAUUCUCCAGAGGAGGCUUCUGGAGGCCAAGCUAUCCCAGGGCAGGAUGGACACACACAGCGUGACCCCAAACAGCAGAGGGGUUCAUCAGCUGAGCUGCCGGCAGUUCUCUAACGAGGAUGAAGAGGGCGAAGAUUUAAUCUGUGUAGCUUGUAAAUGUUUUGGACAGGAAGUCACAUUGCUGAUUGACACGGGCUGCAGGAUGAACUUGAUGUCUUCAGUGACUGUGGACAGAUUAGGACUGAAACUGCUGGUUGAGGAGAAUAAAACGGACCCAGACUGGUUUCCAUUUCAGCGCAAACUUUGCAUCGAUGGAUUCAUCAAGGAGCUCAGCCUGACCAUUGGAGGCCUCCAAAUUAUGUCUUCAUUCUUUAUAGUAGAAAGCACCAAACCACUCAUGACCCUGGGCAGCAGGACUUUAAAAUACCUCAAGUGUGUAAUCGAUACAGAGAGGCAGAUGUUGGUGUUUGGGAGAAACACAAGGGAGCAGGUUGACUUUAUUAAGAUGCAUCCAAGUGAAAGUGACCCGGAUUUUUAAUCUUCUUGGUUUACCCCCAACACAGACUGGUCCAAAGAGCGGGAAGUCAAACUUUAACCUUAACCUAUACAUUCAAUAUUGCUGACCUCAAAUAAAAUAAAAAAAGGUUUUACCUUUAAAAAAAAAUCUUUAGGUAUUUUUAAUUUCCAUAAAUUAUUGACAAAUUUUGGGACACAUGAACUCCUUCAAAAUGUGUUGGAGGGUAGAUCAGGUACUAACUACUAUAGCUCUACUAGACCUUUUCCUUUUCUCUCUGCCUUUCUUUCAUUCUAGCAGCUGAUAAAUAAGGACCCCUUGUAUCACGGAGCCCUGAAAAGUUUAGGCAGAGAUUUAAAAGUAGAAAAUGCAGCACUAAAUACUGUUUGUAGCCAUUUUUACUAACAGUGUUUACCUAUCUUUGUCUACUAAAACUGAAUAAGGGAAGUUCAGCCUAGUGGUUAGUGCAUAGAGCUUGGAAUCCUGAGGUUCUAAGUUUGAGGCCCACUCCCACAGACUGCCACUCUGGGUCUCUGAGCAACGACCCUUAAACCCAAACUGCUCCUUGGGUGCUGCACAAUGACAGCCCACUGCUCCCCAAGGGGAUGGAUUAAACUCAGAAGUUAAUUUCUCCAAUGUGAGAUCAAUAAAGCUCAGUUAUUAUUUAAUUAUUACCUUGAUUACGUGGCAUACCGGUUGGAAUAAUCCACUGGUUUUCAAAGUUGAACCUGGAAAACAGUCACAUAUGGAUAAAAAUCCUGAUAUUCCUAGCAGGGAAUUUACCUAUGAAUUAGGGAAGUAAAGAGUUUAUCUACAUCUUUGUCUAUUGCAAUGACUCAGUGCCUCUACCUUAACCCUGUAAUGCCAAAUGUGUCAUAUUUGAUACAAACGGUUUCUGAAAUGUUUUGCGUCUGACACCUUUUGCAUAAUUUAAUGGUAAAAACUUUGCUCAAAAUCCUA